GGGCGCCCGGAGCGCGAGGGCGGCGGGCAUGGCGGGCGCCGAGGAGGAGGAGAACUAUUACGGCAAGCACGGGACGCCCCAGAAAUAUGACCCGACUUUCAAAGGCCCCAUUUAUGACAGGGGCUGCACAGACAUCAUCUGCUGCAUUUUGCUCAUGGUUGCUGUUGCCGGUUACGUGGCUGUGGGAGUGGUCGCGUGGAGUCAAGGAGAUCCCCGUAAAGUGAUCUACCCAACAGACAGCCGUGGACAGUUUUGUGGCCAGGCAGGAACGCCUAACGAGAAUAAACCUUACUUGUUCUACUUCAAUAUCAUGAAGUGUGCCAGCCCUUCCGUACUGCUGGAGUUCCAGUGUCCCACCACACAGAUCUGUGUAGAAAAGUGCCCGGAUCGAUACCUCACUUACCUGCAGGCUUCAGCCCAGAACAUAGAGGAUUACAAGCAGUUUUGUGUCCCGGGGUUUAAAAGUCUGAAGAAGAGCCCCCCUGAAGUUCUGAGAGAUGGAGACUGCCCCGCCAUGAUCACUCCCAGCAAGCCCUUGGCCCGCAGAUGCCUGCCUGCAAUCAAUUCUAAGAAAGGGGUCAUUAUGGUUGGAAAUCAAACUAUCUUUGAUGAUGGACGUGGACAGCAAAGGAAUGUGACAGAUCUCGUGGAAGGGGCCAAAAAAGCAAAUAUGGUUCUGGAGGCCAGACAAGUGGCAAUGAAGAUCUUUGAAGAUUACACUGUUUCCUGGUACUGGAUAAUAUUAGGUCUGGUGAUUUCCAUGGUGGUCAGCCUCAUCUUUAUUGUCCUGCUUCGGUUCCUGGCAGGGAUCAUGGUCUGGGUGAUGAUUGUCCUUGUCAUCCUGGUCCUUGGCUAUGGGAUUUUUCAUUGCUACAUGGAAUACGCAGCCCUGAAAGGCCAGGCUGGGUCUGAUGUCUCCCUGACGGACCUGGGCUUCCAGACAGACUUCCGUGUUUAUCUCCACUUAAGGCAAACCUGGCUGGCCUUCAUGAUCAUCCUUUGCAUCACGGAGGUUAUCAUCAUCCUUCUGCUCAUUUUCUUGCGCAAGAGGAUCCUCAUUGCCAUUGCACUGAUCAAGGAAGCCAGCAGGGCCAUUGGUCACAUCAUGACAUCCUUGUUAUUUCCACUCUACACUUUCUUCCUGGUGUGCCUUUGUAUCGCCUACUGGGCUAGCACAGCUGUGUUCUUAUCUACUUCGAACGAAGCCAUCUACAAGGUAUUCAAUGAGACACAGUGUGACUACAGUGGAACAACGUGCGACCCAGAGACCUUCAACACUUCCAGCGUUGUCAAGCAGUGUCCAGACGCCCGUUGCCUUUUUGCCUUCUACGGUGGGGAGACGGCCUAUCACAAGUACCUCAUCGUCUUCCAGAUCUACAACGCCUUCAUGUUCUUCUGGCUAACCAAUUUCGUCAUCGCCCUGGGCCAGGUCACCCUGGCCGGUGCCUUUGCUUCCUAUUAUUGGGCCUUUAAGAAACCGGACGACAUGCCAGCGUUUCCCCUCUUCUCUUCCUUUGGCCGAGCACUCAGGUAUCACACUGGCUCACUGGCUUUCGGGUCUCUGAUUCUUGCUCUCGUCCAAAUCGUUCGGGUCAUUCUGGAGUACUUGGACCACAGAUUAAAAGCUGCUGAGAACAAGUUUGCCAAGUUCCUCCUGACCUGUCUCAAGUGCUGUUUCUGGUGCCUGGAGAAGUUCAUCAAGUUCCUGAACAGAAAUGCAUACAUUAUGAUUGCUAUUUAUGGCACCAACUUCUGCACUUCUGCAAGGAAUGCCUUUUUCCUGCUCAUGAGGAAUAUCAUCAGGGUGGCCGUUCUGGAUAAAGUUACAGACUUCCUUCUUUUCCUUGGCAAACUCCUGAUUGUAGGAAGUGUCGGCAUUCUCGCCUUCUUCUUUUUCACCCAAAGGAUAAAACUGGGUCAGCAGACACAGCCCCUCAACUACUACUGGGUCCCUAUUCUGACUGUUGUUGUUGGCUCCUAUCUCAUUGCACAUGGAUUCUUCAGUGUGUAUGCCAUGUGCGUAGACACACUCUUCCUCUGCUUCUUGGAGGACCUGGAGCGCAACGACGGCUCUGCCGAGAAGCCUUACUUCAUGUCAUCUAAUCUGAAAAAGCUUCUGAAGAAGACAAACAAGCGCCAACCCGAAGCAUAACAGGCCUUCCCUCUCCUCUGCCUGCAUGGGGAGCCUGCGGCAGGCGCACUGUUUAGGUUAACAAGGCGGCUGUUCUGUCCAGCCGUAUUCUGAAGAGCGAGAUCUUUGGACUUAGAAUGUUCCGUUUCUGCUUCCUGCGCCAGACAAACGUAGCCUGCCCAGAUCUGACUUGGGUUUUGUUUGUUGUUUUAGCUUUUCUUUUUCCUGCUGUGUGUGUGUGUGUGUGGGGAAACACACGCUGUGUGUUUGCGGCAAGAAGCGAUCCAAUUGUGCUGCAGUAGCUCCAUCUUAAGGUUUGGUGGCAACAGAGCAAAUUGAACUCUGGUGCACCUUUCCGCUGCUGCUUUGAGCAGUCAUCUAGCUCUUGGCCAGCUGCCCGGAGCAAACGCACUUCUCGCUCGCCAACAUAGGCUGAAGGCAGACAUAUACAAGUGGCAAAUCAGCUGUGGGACCCGACUCACCACCAUUAUGCCAAUGUCCAACAAGGGGGAAGCCUGACGCGGCUUAGAGCAGAAACCAGGUUUGAACCGCACCGGCUCCGUGGCCGGCGUCAGGAAGCCUAUCGAAGCAGAGUUCACGCUUUAAACUAAAAACACGGAACAAAUGUUACAGUGCAUAAAUACGAGAGACUGGGCUCGGGCAAUCCUAAUUGUGUAUGUGUUCAUGUAAGCGAAGUGAAUUGGGGCCGAGGGGAAGUAGACCUUGCCCUGCGGCUAAAAAACUGUCUUUCCUUUGUCAAGGCUGUGCCACUAGGAUGCAGUCCAUGAGCCAGCUGAACUGGCUUAGUUCCGUUAAUUUUUCCAGUGAGCGCUAAAGUGUCCUAAACCCAAGCAUCCCCACUUCACUGGUUCAUGGGUUGCAAGCCAAAACCGAUGCUUGAAUGCAUCGUCGCUGACAUUUAAUGAUAGGAAUUGUAAUCUUUUCGUCUCGGGGUCCUGAAAAGAUUAUUAAACAACAAGAAAGUGCCGGGGAUUUACAGACGUUUAAAAGUGUGUGGUUGUACAUUGUAAGUGAUUUAUAGCUUUCCUGAAAGAAAAUAAUAAUGUUACCAAUCUAUAUUUUAAGUCUGCAAAUGUUAACUUUUAUUUUGCUUUACAUAAACUAUUUUUUCAUGCAACCCAUAUGUUACAAAAAAUGUUUAAUCUGAUAUAUUAAAACGUUUUUAUGUCUUUUUCCCCCCA